AUGGCCAGCGAAAUCACCGAGCACGACCAGAACGCGUCGCCCUCUGUCCACGACGACGGAAAUGGCUCCCUGGGCAUGGAGAACCGCGGCGUCAAGCGUGCGCGCGCCGCUGCCGACGACGAUGACGACGACGACGACAAGCCCGGCCGUGAGCGAAGAAAGAUUGAAAUCAAGUUCAUCCAGGACAAGUCGCGUCGGCAUAUCACCUUUUCCAAGCGCAAGGCUGGUAUCAUGAAGAAGGCCUACGAAUUGUCCGUUCUUACCGGCACCCAAGUUCUACUGCUCGUCGUCUCUGAGACGGGUCUUGUCUACACGUUUACCACACCCAAGCUGCAACCGCUGGUCACCAAGCCCGAGGGCAAGAACCUCAUCCAGGCCUGCCUGAAUGCCCCAGAGCCCUCAAGUGGCGAUGCAAACGGUGUCGACAACGACACGGUCGAGUCGCCCGAGGACAACCACGCUCAAGUGCCACCGGGCCAGCCCCGCAUGCCCCCCAACAACCAGGCCAUGCCCCAAGCCUACAUGACCCCAGAGGCUGCUCUGCACUACCAGAGCUAUCUGCAGCAACAGCAGCAGCAGUCAAACCAGUACCCCAUGGCGCAACAAGGCAUGCCCCGCCAUCCUGGAGGUCACUACCCCCAGGACCAGAAGCUGGGCUAG